GACAUUUCCUGUGUUGUUUUCUUUAUUCACUCUUAUUAUACAUCACACAAUGUUUGCUUAAUUAUGUGAGUAACAUAUGAUGCUAUUCAGCACCAUGUGGAUCAUGCUUUUGGCAAACAAGCCAGAUUUCUCCUUAUCCAUGGCAGUUGAUUUUUAGGGUUCAAACCGUGGGGACAGUUUUCAAAUGAAUUUGUGUAAUGCUGAGUCACACAAUCUUAAUUGUUAGCAGUACUUUCAUGGCUUGUAUAUAUAUACAGAGAGAGAGAGAGAGAGAGAGAGAGAGAGAAAUGACUUAUCCUCUCACCAUCAGUACUUCCCUUGAAGACUGAAGCCAAGGCAAAGCAGCAAGAAAUGGAUUCUGACUCAAGUUGCGAGAACAAAAGAGCUGCAAAUGAAUCCAUGCUGAUAUGUUGCAUGCUCUUCAUCUCUGAGGCACGUAACCGCGCAGUUCUGGACUUAAUUGAACGAGCUGCCAGGCUCGACCCAGAAAGUGUUAUUGUAAACAAAUUUGAGGAUCGAGUUUAUAAUAGGAUCAGAUUCACUAUUGUAUCAUAUGUUGUUGUUGAUAGCACUGGGAGUCCCAUUUAUAGUCCAUUGCACCAAACUGUGCUAGCCAUGGUUGAGGCUGCUUAUGGAGCCAUUAACCUUGAGUUGCACUCCGGUGCACACCCUCGGCUUGGUGUUGUAGAUGACAUUGUUUUCCACCCUUUGGCUCGGGCCUCGCUGGAUGAAGCAGCUUGGCUGGCCAAGACAGUGGCAGCAGAUAUUGGCAGCAGAUUUCAAGCAAACAUAAGGUUGUUCUUUAUAUUACUACAAUUUCUUUAUGCUGCAGCACAUCCAACAGGCAGGGCUCCUGACACCAUCAGGCGCGAGCUGGGGUACUAUACGCCUAAUUUCAUGGGCAACCAAUGGGCUGGGUGGACCAUACCUGAGAUUCUCCCUGGAGCCCCUGAUGAAGGUCCGAACCAUGUGUCGCGAACAAGAGGAAUAGUGAUGAUUGGGGCUCGACCAUGGGUCGCAUUAUACAACAUUCCUGUAGUGUGCGCCGAUGUUUCAACUGCUCGACAGAUUGCACGGAUGGUGAGGGCUCGUGAUGGCGGGCUUCCUACCGUGCAAGCAUUGGCGCUCGUUCACGGUGAUGAUUCAUUUGAAAUCGCUUGUAUCCUCUUAGAGCCCAAUCAGGUUGGAGCUGACAGGGUCCAGGCAGAGGUUGAGAUGCUGGCAGCCCAAGAAGGAUUGGAAGUAGAGAAGGGCUACUUCACAGAUUUUCCACCAGAAAUGAUUGUUGAGAAGUACAUGAAUUUAAUCUCCUCUAGGAGAGACUGAUCAAACACUUGUUCGGACAUUUAAUUGUAUCUAUUGAUUGUCGAGUUUCGAUUGA